CCUAUAAUAACAUGGACUAAGUGUUAGAGAGAGACCAUUGAUAUCGGUGUAUUGUGACAAGGAUGAAAGUUUAAAGGCAAAACAUUGGAUUUCUGAACUAAUUGUAUGUGUUUUCUUGUGGUGAUUUUUCAUUUUUAAACAAUUUAUUGAGUGUUUGUUGGUGUUCUGGUGCUUAUUUUUGAACUAAUAAACAAUUUCAAAUAUGCCUUCUUCGUGUGCUUCUUAUAAUUGUGUUGUGAGAUUCAAAAAAGAGUCGGGAGUGAAAUUUCAUAGGUUUCCGAAAAAUGAAGUGCUGAAACAGAAAUGGGUCAUGGCAAUGAGGAGGAAAGACUACAAACCUUCUGCCACAGCCGUAAUUUGUAGCCAUCACUUUAAAACUGAGGACUAUUAUAUAAAUGACUAUGGAACGAAAAAGUUGAAGAAAGGAGCUAUACCAUCGGUUUUUAAUUUUCCAAAUCAUCUUGUCAAGAAAGAAAAUACAAGGAGAAAGUUGAUUAAAGAUUUCACUGAAAAUACUUCUCCCGUAUCUACUGUUCCUAAUAUUCCAAACUCGAACUUGACUUCUACCGAAGGUUCUGGAAUAAUUCAUGUUGAAGAACAACUUCAUAUUCCCUCUACCUCUAUCACCACUGUUAGACACGAAUUAACUCCUCUCAAAUCUGAGACAAAUAUAAGAAAAAGAAAGAGAAAUCCUGUUAAUGUGGGAGAUUUCGAAGAAAAAGAUCUUGAAUGUCCAAGAAAACAGAAUAAAUAUUGGAAUAUUUCCCAGACAGUAAUAAAGAAAUACAGGAAAACAAACAAAUAUCUCCACUGCAAAUUACACAGGAGAAAUAAAAAAAUUACUGAUCUCAAUAGUCUGCUUGAUGAGCUAAAAAGCAGACAUCAUAUUUCUUCUGAAACAUCAAUAAUACUGAAGAAUAAAAAAGACUUGUAUGCCUGGCGUCCAGAGGAUUUCCCAUCAACUAUAAGAGCUAUUUGCAUGAAAUUAGAUGAAAAAAUCAGCUGCUAUACAUCAUUAAUUCUUUUAGAACCUGUUGUGAAACAGGUUUUAUGUAUGGUAGUGACCAAAAAUUCAAGAAUUUGAACAAAUUUAUUUCUUGGAAACUUGACAAUCAUAUAUUUUUCCGAUAUAAUAAUAAUCAUAUUUAUCGGUUUUAUAACGUCUUUCAUUGUCCAAUGCCUAAUUUUCAUUUUCAUUCUUCUGACGAUCAUACAAUUAUGACAAUGACAACAAAUUUUGCUACAAUGAUACUGAAUACAAGGAAGUCCUAGCUCUCAUAGCAUUGGUUUUUUCUUCAAUAAUUUUAUUUGGAUUUUGGAAGUAAUUAUCCUGCAUUUGAAUAAGAUGAUUAUUAUAAUUUUUUAUGACGAAAGAGGAAAUAAUAAACCAAAGUAGGAAAUUUGCAGUGCUUUCUUUAAAUUUUAUUAGCUUGCAUUUUUUAUUGUUAUUCUUAAUUUUUAUUAUUCUGCAUGAUGGAAUGUUCUGAAGGUAAUUGCCGGCCUAAUUUGGAAGGAAGAAAAACAUAUUUAUUUUCAGAGGCCAUAAGAGUUCUGAUUUUUUAUUUAUACAAAAGAUUAAAUUAAUUUUGAUUUCCUAUAGGAAUGUGUUCCGGAAGCAGAAAAGCAACUCCUUUCUAGGCAGUUGGAAGGUAGAAAAGGAAAAUUUCCUCCAGAGUUGAGAAGUUUCGCUCUCACUCUCAAUUUUUAUUCCUCAUCUGCCUACAAUUAUAUUAGAACCACUUUUGGAAAGGAUUCGCUGCCACAUCCUCAAACAUUAUUAAAAUGGUGCAGUUCAGUUGAUGGCUCACCGGGGUAUACAGUAGAGGCUAUAAGAGCUGUCAAAAUCAGGGUUGAGGUAGAAAAAAAGAAGGGGAAACAAUUGCUAGCUGGAUUGGUAAUGGACGAAAUGUCGAUCAAAGAGCAUGUGGAAUGGACAGGAUCGAGGCAUGUAGGAUAUAUUAAUUUUGGAACGGGAAUUGAAGAUAGCGAUGGCAUUCCUAGGGCCAAAAAUGCACUAGUGUUUAUGCUUGUUGCAUUAAAUGCUCGAUGGAAAGUUCCCAUUGCUUAUUUUUUAAUUGAUGCUCUAACUGCUGAACAAAAAGCAAAUCUAGUAAAAGGUUGCUUGAUACAAUUGGAAGACACAGGAGUUAUUAUAAAGAGUUUGACAUUUGAUGGAAUAACUUCAAAUAUGUCCAUGUGCAGUAUUCUAGGAGCAAAUUUGAGCUGGCCAGACAUAAAGCCAUAUUUUCUGCAUCCCAUUAAACGUCAUAAAAUUCAUGUAAUUCUGGAUCCCUGCCAUAUGGUUAAAUUAUGCCGUAACACUCUUGGUGAUUGGGGCUUUUUUUACAAUGAAGAAAAUGAAAAAAUUAAUUUUAAUUUUUUCUCAGAACUGGUCAAACUUCAAAACCAAUCUGGACUUCAUGCAGCUACUAAGAUUCGGAACAGGCAUUUAAAUUACCAAAAAGAAAAAAUGAAAGUAAAAUUAGCAGUGGAAAUGUUUAGUUCAAGUGUUGCUGAUGCUCUAGAAUAUUGUAAUAAGGAUUUACAUAUUCCACAAUUCCAAGGAUGUCAACCCCUUGUUGAUUAUUGCAGAAAAAUGAACACUAUUUUUGAUAUUUUGAACAGUAGGAAUUUUUUAAACAAAAUCAUAUCCAAGAAACCUCUAUGCAUAGAGAAUGAAAAUUUCAUAAAAGAAACCAUAGAAAGUUCUAUAAAAUAUUUGAGUUGUAUCAAGGAUAAAACAGGAAAUUUGAUCAUUAAUUCUCGAAGGAAAACAGGCUUCAUUGGUCUAAUAAUUUGUUUAAUCAGUGUCCGAAAUAUAUUCGAUGAUCUAAUAAAAACAAAAAAAUUAAAAUUCCUUUGUACUUACAAACUGAGUCAAGACCAUAUAGAAAUGUUUUUUUCUAUAAUGAGAUCUCGAGGAGGUUUCAACAAUAAUCCCACAGCAAAACAGUUUGAAGGGGCUUAUAAAAGGGUCUUGAUUCAUUGUGAAUUAGUGUCACCAGAAAGUGCAAAUUGCUUGGCACAAGAUAAAACAAGCAUUUUAAAUGUUACAUCUUCCACCUAUAUGAUGAACACAAAUUCAUUAGAUUCAUUGAAUGUUGAUGAUCUUGAAGUCAAUGAUUUUAACACAUAUUUACCAUUUAAAGAAAUUUCAAAUUGUGCUUAUUUUGCCGAUAUAAUUGAAUAUAUUGCUGGAUUCAUAAGUAAAAGGAUGAUGAGGCUUAUUAAUUGCAAUAUUUGUGCUAAAUCACUCACUUCUGCCAAUACAGCCUCAGCACUUUUAAUAAGAAAAAAUAGAGGAGGGCUGUGUAAACCUUCUUCGGAUGUUGUAAAAAUAUGUAUAAUGGCAGAAAGUGUAAUAAAAACAAUGAGUAACUUUUCUGAGGCUAACAUAAUAAAUAAAAUGAUAAUGCUUUGUCUAAGAAAAAUAAACUUGAAUAAAAUCUUUACAGAGCUCACUGAGCACUCAAUGGAGCAAGACCCACUUCAAGGUCAUAACUUACAAUUAGUUAAAUUAAUUUUGAAAAAUUAUCUAACCAUACGUCUCCAUCAUAUUAAUAACACGUCCAAUGAAGUUGAGUCAAGGAUAAGAAGUACAUUGACAAAAAUAAUUCAUUUUAAACAUCAAUAACAGUUUCAUGAUAAGGGUUUGAAAUAACAAAUUUUGUAUAUGUGGUUAUCAUAGAGAUCUAUAUUAAUUUCAUAAAAUGGGUUAUUUCGAAUCCUUAUUACUAUUAUGAAACUGUUAUUGUAUUGUAUAUUUCACCUGAAUAUUACACACCUUUUGCCUGUAACUUCGUCUGCAGGAAGGAUUUUAUAAUAUGUCUAGAUUUUGCAAUUGAGGAUCUCUCUAUGAAUAAAUAUGUUUAAUUAAUUCUCAUGUUUUAUACAUUUUUAAUACUUUCAUAUAAUAAACACGUACGUAUUACUA